GGGGCUGGACUGCAGCAUGAGGCUGCUGCUCCGGGCAGCGCUGCUGUGCCUCUGCCUGGGGCCGGGGCAGUGCUCCGAGGGGGCAGCACGGGAGAGCACCGGCCACCAGGACCCACAGGCAGAGUCAUCCUACUCCGACUGGGGCAUCGACACCAUCCGGGACGGCUUCGAAACGGUCAACAGCUACUUCGACUCCUUCCUGGAGCUGCUCGGGGGGAAGAACGGCGUCUGUCAGUACAGAUGUCGGUACGGGAAGGCUCCAAUGCCACGACCUCACUACAAGCCCCAGGAACCCAACGGCUGUAGCUCCAAUUUUCUGGGGCUCAAGGUACCCGAAAGUCUAGAUUUGGGCAUCCCUGCCAUGACCAAGUGCUGUAACCAGCUGGACAUUUGCUAUGACACCUGCGGGGCCAACAAGUACCGCUGUGACGCCAAGUUCCGCUGGUGCCUCCACUCCAUCUGCUCCGACCUCAAGCGCAGCCUCGGCUUCGUCUCCAAGGUCCAAGCCUGCGAGUCGGUGGCAGACACCGUGUUCAACGCCGUGUGGACGCUGGGCUGCCGGCCCUUCAUGAACAGCCAGAGGAGCGCCUGCAUCUGCAGCGAGGAGGAGCGGGACGAGCUGUGAGCAGGAGCAGCCGCUGCCGAGGGUCCCCUCUCCACACAGUGACUCCUGUCACCCCUGGGCCGCGCCACUCACACCAACACAGCCCGUGGGCACGGCGGGGACAGCCUGGGAACACGGGGCAGCCGUGCCUGCUGUCCACCACAGCAGCAGCCCAACAGCCCUGCUGCCCCUUUCCAAGGCCAGCAGCCUGGGAGAUCCGAUGCCAAUCUUCUCCGUGGACUGACCAGGGGAGGCAAGCAGGAUGCAGUGCUGGUUAUAAAAAGGGGCUUUACCUUGAACACACAUCUGUUAGUUCCUCCCACCUUGGAACUCUCUAAUUUGCCAUGCAAGGCAUUAGGUUUCUGCAACCCCUGUGAAAUUCCGGGUCCAUGGACAUGCUAUUUACAUUUUUCCACCACUGGUAACAGACUAAAGAAGGGUAAUUUGCUUUCAGUACAUUGCUCACACCCAUCCCUGACAUUUUCCAUCCCAUCAUUGCACACCCUGACAACCCUGCAUAUUUAAAUAUCUGGUGGAUCCUAAAACAAUCUAAAACACCUGGAGAUUUGGUACACACGAGAAGGACCUGAGGUGUUUGUGAUAAAGGCAUAAUUCAUAUUUGGGACCAAAGCCCAUCACUUCUCAGAUGUGAAAUCCCAGCCCUCUCCCUCCAAGUCUCAGGAGACAAAGCUGCUUUUCUUUGGCAGUGUCAUCCACAUCUAUUUAAUUAUUUUCCUCCUACACCAUCUAACAAAGCUUUUCCCUUUGGAUCCCUUUUGACACAAAAUGGCUGGGUAUCCACUCCCAUCUUCUGCACGAGGGAAACAGGAAGCUCACAGUGGCCUUGGAUGAGAUAUUCCAAAUUCUGGAGGCUUAUCUGUCAGAUGACAGGGCUGACGUGCUACCUCUGUGGGGCUGCUAUCAGCAGCCUCAGACACCGCUCCUUCUAAAACGUGGUUAAUGCUCCCAUCUGUUAUGGGGAGCUUUUAUUGCAUGCAAAAUUAGAAUUUAAAGUGGUAUAUGGCAUUUCAUCUCCACACAGCAUUGGCAGACAGCUUUCAGCUGGGUUUCUCGUUGGAAGGAAGUUGUUACUGGGCGCUCGUGCCGUGCCACGUAAAUAUUUCAGCAGCUUCUGCAAACAUAUUUAUGGUUUUCUUCCAUCUGCCACGGAGAAGUUAAGGCUGCAGAAGGGUGAUUUAACCAGAGUGGAAAGAGUCUGUCAGUUACUUUUCUUCUAGUUUGGGUUUAAAUGUGUGCACGGAGCUAUAAAUUAAUUAAGCUCCAUAUUUCUGUUCUCGCCAGUCGUCUUUGCUUCCCAGAGAACAGCAAUGAGAUGUUCAACUGGCCCCAAACAGGCUGAGACAACGAGAGCCCACUGGUAUCCAGACCAGGAAAAUGGCAGUGACUGCAUGGGGUGUUUUCCAUUAUGGAGGACCUUAAUUUACACUGAUCAGAGGCAAUGACAUCCUUUCCCAGCUGGGCUAAUGCCACUGGAGAGGA